GAAAUGUUGUAGAUGAAGAGUUAGCAUGGCAUAAUUUUGAAUUUUCAGAAAAUAGAUUAUAUAAACUUUGGAAUAGAGAUGAUAUAUAUGGUAAACCCAUAACAGUACACUAUGUCAAUCAAAUUAGUCAACCAUUUGGUGAUAUU